UGUGAGCCUUUCGCGGAAAUUCUACAACAUAUACCAAGCUCAUAAUCGUGCAAAGUUAGUUCUAGGCGAAAAUAUACUGUAGGAUUACACGUUUUCUUGGUGUAGUGGCAGUGUUAAGUAGCAUUGUUGUUAGCGGUUCAGCCGUGAACAUUCGGUCUUUUUAUUUUCUUUUUUCAUUAGUUCGAGUAUUGUUGCAAAGAAUUUAUGCUGCAGUACAUAAAUUUGCACUCUUACAUUUCCUCAAUACACGCUCAAAGUGUUGCUGGAAUAAGUAAGAACGUGCCAAGUAUUGUUUCGCUUGCAAAACGACAUUAGGAGCACUUCUGUGAAAAUAGGAAUAACUAUAAGAAAAUCGCAUCCUUGUUGAAUGCGCCAUUCCGUGAUACUGUCCAACAAACAAUAAGGAUUCCGAGAAGACUUUGAAAUCAUCAAAUUACCAACACAGUGUAUUGUUAAACAGAGAAAAUGCACCACACUGAAAAUGAUAAAAAACGGGCCAAUUUUUCGGCAUUGAACCCUAUUAAUGGAGCGAUUAUUAAAACGACAACAACGGGGAAGCCUGGUGAUGUUAAAAAGCUUAUUAUAAAAAAUAUGAAAUCUUAUCCCUCAAUACCGGAAAAUUUUGAAGAAACUACAUGGAACCAACUACGCAAAGCGGUGAUUGCCAUUCAGACAUCUACGCCGAUAGAAUAUUCGCUAGAAUGCCUCUGCCAGGCCGUUUCGCACAUGUGUGAAGACAAGAUGGAUUCACAAUUGUACGUUAAUCUGACAGCCUUGGUAGAGCAGCAUGUGAAGGCAAAUAUUGUACCAUUUUUGUCUGAGUCUGGAGACAAGUUGGUAUAUCUUAAGAAAAUGAACGACUAUUGGCAAUCGCACUGUCAGCAGAUGAUCAUGAUUCGUAGCAUAUUUCUCUAUCUUGAUCGUAUAUACGUCUUAAAUAACCCAACCGUUCACUCUAUCUGGGAGAUGGGAUUAGAACUUUUCCGUGACCAUAUUGCUAUGAACAAUUUAGUUCAAGCUCGUACCGUUGAAGGAAUUCUAAUACUCAUUGAAAAAGAACGUCAUGGCGAUACUGUCGAUAGAUCACUACUGAAAAGCCUUCUAAGGAUGUUGUCCGAUCUACAAAUCUAUCGGGAUGCAUUUGAACAAAAGUUCCUUAUGGCCACGAAACAUUUGUAUCAAGCGGAGGGCCAGGCUAAAAUGGAAGAACUGGAUGUACCAGACUAUUUGCAACAUGUCGAUAAACGAUUAAAUGAAGAAGAAGAACGUCUGGAACAUUAUCUCGAUGGCUGUACUAGGCAUCAGCUAAUUGUAACCGUUGAGAGACAGUUAAUCAACGAACACGUAACUGGAAUCCUGCAAAAAGGAUUGGAUCAACUUCUUGAGGAAAACCGGCUUAACGAUCUAAGUCGGCUUUACAAGUUGUUUUGUCGUGUGAAGAAUGGUACCACAGAGCUGUGUGCACAUUUUAAUGCAUACAUUAAAAAGAAAGGCCGUACAAUUGUCAUCGAUCCAGAGAAGGACAAAUCUAUGGUGCAGGAUUUGCUAGACUACAAAGACAAAAUGGAUAAUAUUGUCAAUUCAUGUUUCGAAAAGAAUGAAAAAUUCGGCAACUCGUUACGUGAAGCAUUCGAGUACUUUAUUAAUCAACGAUCUAACAAACCUGCUGAAUUGAUCGCAAAGUAUGUUGACAUGAAACUACGAGCUGGAAACAAAGAAGCCACGGAAGAAGAAUUGGAGCAGAUUCUGGAUAAGAUUAUGGUGCAGUUUAGAUUCAUUCAUGGCAAAGAUGUUUUUGAAGCGUUUUACAAAAAAGAUCUAGCUAAACGUCUGUUGGUUGGUAAGUCCGCUUCGGUUGACGCAGAGAAAAGCAUGUUGUCAAAACUGAAGCAAGAAUGCGGUGGGGGAUUUACAUCAAAGCUGGAAGGCAUGUUUAAGGACAUGGAACUGAGCAGAGAUAUAAAUUUUGCGUUUAAACAGAGUAUGCAAAAUUCAGAACACAAGGAACUUCAAAAUAUCGAUCUGACUGUAAACAUACUGACAAUGGGAUUCUGGCCAACUUAUCCGGUAAUGGAAGUAACGCUUCCACAGGAGCUGUUACAGUAUCAAUCGAUUUUCAACAAAUUUUACUUAGCAAAACACAGUGGACGAAAGCUUCAAUGGCAGCCGACGCUUGGUCAUUGCGUACUUAAGGCACAAUUUGAUGCGGGGCCGAAAGAUUUGCAAGUAUCUCUGUUUCAAGCUUUAGUGUUACUACUAUUCAACUACAAUGCAGCUAUAUCAUUCGAAGAAAUACGUACCGCAGUUGUUAUAGAGAUUGGAGAAUUGAAGCGCACUCUACAAUCACUUGCCUGCGGAAAGGCACGCGUUCUAACAAAGAUACCCAAAGGUCGUGAGGUGGAAAACACUGAUAAUUUUCAUUUCAAUAACGAAUUCACCAAUAAGUUAUUUAGGAUCAAGAUUAAUCAAAUUCAAAUGAAAGAAACGACCGAAGAACAAAAGGCCACUGAAGAACGUGUAUACCAGGAUCGUCAAUAUCAAAUUGAUGCAGCGAUUGUGCGUAUUAUGAAGAUGAGAAAAACGCUUAGCCACAACUUGUUGAUCACGGAACUGUAUAAACAGCUUACCUUUCCAGUUAAGCCGGCUGACUUGAAGAAACGUAUCGAAUCUUUAAUAGAUCGGGAUUAUAUGGAACGAGAUAAGGAUAAUCAAAACCAGUACAACUACGUUGCUUAAUUUCUUCGGAAAGCUAGACAGACAGAGCAGGAAAAUUAAAAUUCUGUUUGCAAAAAUAUCUCUUGUGACAGUAAAAGAAAAACACCAAGCAUUCGAGACAUGCAAGAUGCCACAGAGAAAAAAAAACUCAAUACCUAUAUAUGUGUAUACAUAAAUCACUUUUGGUUGCAGAUAUCUUUCUCACCGGUCGUGUUAAACUCGACAGAAAUGUUAGUCGUCAUUUACACACGGUUAGUUAAAUGAUAAGGAAAAUAGUCAUGUUGAAUGCAGGCUACAUUUUUUAAUCAGAAUACUUUACAAUCGAUACCCUCGUUGAUUUGAAACAGCUGUAUGUACAUUUUGUAAUAAAUCUCCGAAGAGUGUGUAUGUAUGUAAGAAUGCUGAGAAUUGGUGUUAUCAUUUGUAU